GUUUUUUCCCUGAUUCGUGUUGAGCUUCCAAUACCCUUAAUAUAUAUGUAUAGUAAAUUUCAAAAAUCCGAUCAAGUAUUAUUUAGGUAUAACUAGGUAUAACUAUAAGACGCGUAUCCUUCCCUGAAAUACUUUUAUCAAAUUUAGUGUGUUUUGGAGGAGAAUACUUUCUCGUGCUUUUGCUUCAAAACAAACCCUUUUUUUUUCAUUUAUAUAUUCACAUUAAGAAUAAUAAAUUAAUGAGCAUAAAAGCAGUUUUACCUGUAUGAAUAAUGUUGCUAAAGUCUCACAAGCAGGCGAAUCUUAAUAUUGGAUUACAUCCAACAGUUAAGUGCUAUUAGCAAGUAGAAGAACAGAUUUGAAUUAGAACUAUGUUAUAGCUAUUUCAUAAGACUUGCCGUUACACUUUUUUGAGAGGAUGCACUAACAGCAACUUUUAUCUUCCCGAUAUUGAAGACAUUAUUUAUUUAACACUUUAGUUUAUUCUCUUUCUAAACUCAUAGAGUAAAUUAAGAAAGAGGUAUUAGGUCCGACGAGCUAUUUGGAAGACUUCAUCCUAACGCGUCAAACUCUCCUCAGACCCAAUUUACCUUGCUUUUCAUAGAAUUUUGUUUUCAACGGGUUCUAUACUCACGUAAGAACAUUGUUUUUUUUUAAACAAUGAGUACAGUCCUCGGAAAACGAAAGAAUGUAAAUUCGUCUGCUUCUGAACAGUCAAAGCGCAUUUCUGUUGAAACAAGACCAUAUGAGAACAGUAUUACAUUCUUGCAUCCAGAUUGGUUGAAGGGAGAUUACUUUCAUGUUUUUCCUCUCUUAAAAAGAUUACAUUCUGAUAUUUCUAAUGAUCUUUCCUUAACUGGAACUUGUUAUCCAGAACUGGGAUAUGUAUUACUAAACUCUAAAAGAGCUUGCUAUGUGUUUAGUUACCAGCAUUCCCAGACCUUAAAAGAUCCUCCUACAAUUACUUUUCCUUUGCCUGAAGAAAGUGACGCUAAUGCUCCUCAGCCUAAUCCAUUAACAGCGAUUGUUUCUUCAGACAUCCCAGACAGAGAUCCAGGGCUUUUAAUUUUGAUGCCCGUGAGUGGACGUAUUGCUUAUUGGACUUGUAUAGGAAAUGCUCUCGCUCAACCCAUAGUGAAACCUCAGGGAAUGGAAAGUCAACUGAAGUUAUCAAAUAAUGAGCAUUGCUUACGAUUAUAUUGUGCAAAUCCUUUUCUGUACAUUGUAUCCACAAAUUAUGGUCGACUUUUGUCCAUCAGUCUGCGUGACUCCUCUGGUAUACCAAAAAUCUGUUUAAAUACAGUGGCCUCUCAUGGUGGAUUAAUAUCAAAAUGUUUUGAAAAGUUGAAAUUAAAAAAUCCUUUUGCUUCUCAUGCUGUUUCUAUCAUGUCACCACCUCUUUCGUCCCCCUUCCGACACCUGUUAUAUGUGACUGAUUCUUCAGGUUCAGUGGAUAUUUACGAUUUGAAGGGCGAACUUAAUCACGUACGAGUUGAUCUUGCCCCUAUGUUUUUGAAGGUUAUAGAAGAAGCCGAAAUGGUUCCUGAAGAUUUCCAAAUUGUCGACUCUGCAAUUACGUCUCAAGAUGGCGAUUCAAUAACCUUUCUUUGCUCUUGGAAACGUAGUUUAGAACACAAGUAUAUUCUUUAUACGUGUGAUUUUUCCAAUAUAGCAAAUCCUCAUUUAAUGUUUGUCCAUUCCUUAGGCUAUACUUCCUCGAAGAAACAACAGGUUAAAAUUCAGUAUGCUUCCUUUGGACCGUGUUUCAUUCUUGUGUCCCCCAGUGCCGUAAUAAUUUUAAAUACCCGCAUGAAUUAUGAUUAUAACACAAUGUAUUGUUUUCGGGAGGAUAUUAUUCGGUUCAAUUCUAACGUUUCCGGCGAAAUUAUAACAUCUGGAUGCAAACAACUCUUAUCAGGUCUGAGAUCGCCACGCACUGAUCCCAAGAUUUCUUGUUUAGUUGUGACAAAUAAAGCUGGUGUUACUGAAAUUCAAAUUCAAAGCGAUGCUCAACAAUUAGAUGCUGUCGAAUCCUUGAAAAAGAAAAUUGAAGAAGCAGUUUUUUACGGCUAUGUUUAUGAGAACCCACUCGAUUUCAGUUGGAAAACAGUUCCCAAGUUGAAGGUUUCUGAAAUUGAAAGACUAAUUUACGUAAUUGGAAAAGAAAUUUUGACAUCUGCUUCUUCUCACUUACCUCCUGUCCUGCCUUCAUUAAUACAGCAUUUGGAUUUAAGAUUAAUCUAUUUGAACAAUUUAGUUCGCUAUGUUCAAGAAAUUCCCUAUGAUAUAAGCGAUGAAUUACUGUUUUCUUUGCGUAUUUUAGGUGAAAAGUGCAAUGCAGCAAGGUCCCUUUGGACAACUAUAGAUUUAGAGAUGAGCACGGCGAGUCGUUCGCUAAUCUUUCAAAGAAUCAUAUUUAAGCUGGGCAAGGAAACCCAGCUGAAUCAAUCUGUUCGAAAUUGGUUCAUGCGCAAUAUCGGUAGCAUAGAGCAACUUAUAAUGCAAGCUCAUAAUUUUUGUGUUGAUUCCGCAGCAAGAGUUCAAGAACUUCCAGUCGAAGUCAUGAAUGUUAUUUUAGAGUCGAACGAGAUUAUUCUGGCCAUUUUAUCGUCGGCGUUAAGUUAUCGUGUUGAUACUCAAGGAAUUUAUGAUAUAAGCGCUGGAUCUUUUGAAAAGAAAGUACCCUGGACUUCUACGCCAGAUGUUUUAACAGCUCUUACUCGGCAGUUUGAGCUCACAAAGUCUGCUUUAUUUCAAUUCCAGCAAGGUGAGAGAGAUUGUGGAACAGAGUUGCCGUCGAAAGACAAGGAUGUUAUUAAAAAUGCUUUAUUGAACAUGCAGGUCCAACUGGUUGUUUUGACUGAAGUAUGUUUUAAUGCUUAUGCUGAAAGACUCAGUUGGUUAAGAGAAAACGAAGGCGAUGGAAUCCUUGAAAAGGAGUUGGAAGAAGCUUUUGCGGUGAAUAGAAAAUUUUGGAUUCAAACUUUAUUUGAUAUCGGUCAGGGCAAAAAUGCCUUGCGUGUUGCUGAGAAAUAUCGGGACUACCGGUCAGUUGUAGAAUUGUGCUAUCAAUUUUUUACUAAAAAAGAACUUGAUAAGCAAAUCGAGGGAUAUCUUUUAAAGUUUGGUCAAGAAUUUGCUUUUAUCUUGUAUGAUUUUUACGUUGAAAAAGGAAUGUCGGUGGAACUAUUGAACAAUGAUAAACACGAAUCAAAUUUUCUUACAGAAUACUUCAACUAUAGAGGCUAUAAUGAAGUAUCAUGGAUGCACGAUAUGCGAAAAAAAAAUUACGAGCUUGCCUCACAUAGAUUAUUGCAAUUGGCUAACAAAAAACAAAAUAUGAUUGAAAAGAAAGAAAUCGAGCUAUCUCUAGGGAAGAUCUUUUUAUAUGCAAAUCCAAAGGGACCGGCAAAAUCCAAGGAUCUUGUCUUGAUAGAACAAAAGUUAGAACAGAUCCACAUCCAAAAGAUGAUUGAAAAAACGAUUAUGCCGGUCGUCCGUCGCCUUCAAUUACAAGGGAAAAAAUAUCAACUGGUGGAAGCCACCAUUGAGGAAAUAACAGAUGGUAAGCCUAUUCCUGUCCUCGCUCGACAAGUCAUGCACCGAGUUAUCAAAUGCUUGAUUGAUCACCAAGUAGUACCAGUUACAGAAUUGAUGGAAUAUCUUAGUUUUUCCUUGUAUAGAAAGAAGGAACUUCAAGUGGAAGAUAUGACUGAUUAUUAUUUCGCCUUGCGUUUAUUACUAACUACAAGGCUGACUGACGAAGCGAAAAGGUUUUUUGAAGAUACGAUUUGGCGAAGGGCCGUUCUAAAUGAUAAGUGGUCUCAAAUUUUAGAUACCAAAGACAAGAACGAUGCAGUCAUAGAAGCCGAAGUGAGAAUGACCGCCUUGUAUCAAACAUUACGCUUAACGACGAUAAAUGGCUUAUUUCAAGAAGGGUUGACAAAGCCUACAUCUCUUUUAUCCUUUGCUUUUGACAAAAACAAUUAUGGUAGCAUCGCCAUGAUUUACUCACCUGCAAAGUUUGGAGAUACACAGGAAGUAAUCAAAGUAUUACAUCGUGAAAGCCAUCUUUUGAAACAUUACUUAGAAAAAACAACCCUGAACAGUUGGUUCGUUAGCAUGUCUCUUACAUGUGAUGGUUUUUAAAAAGGAUUUGGGGAAUACCUUCUUGUACCAAUUGUCUACGAGAUUUCAUUUAAUAACACUUA